AUGGCGUGUCAAAACCCGAAAGAAGCCAGCGCUGACAGCCACGACCCGCAGGACUAUAACGUGUUCAUAGUGGGGUACAAGGGACACGGCAAGUCAGCCACUAUGAUGAACAUUACACGGGACGUAGAUUACAAGGGACCGGCGGAGAGCGGAAUAGAGAAGAGAACACACGAGAAAUGUACAUUCUAUGAUACGCCAGGUUUCGGCUCACUGGACACAACGGACUCGCACGUGCUGCGCGUGAUAAACGAAAAAGCCCACGCGGUCGGUGAAGUGCACGCUGUGUUAUUCGUGGUGCGUUACUGGCGAAUCAAAAGCUCCCUGAUUUCUUUAAUACAACAACUUAAUGAUGUUUUCGGGCCAAACUACCACAGACGCACCAUCAUAGUCUUUACCUUUACUAACCAUGAAGUCGACAAUACGUUAAGAGACUAUUUGGAAGACAGUCCGCUGGAAUUUAAGGAAUUUGUCGAGAUGUGUGAGAACAGAAAGAUCAUGUUGGACAAUUCUAACUUACAGACUGGAAACACUGCUGCCUCCGAAAUUGAGGAUAUGAUAGCCAAAAUGCGUUCAGAGCCGUUGAUAGUCCCAUGGUCUAGAGUAAGUUCCAUAGCUUCCUUAAAGUCAGUUGCAUAUGUGCCAGUUGUUUAA